AUGAUCGACGGUAGAAAAGUUCUAGUGGUAGCGUUACAAAUUGUGAUCCUGUCCGUGUAUUGUGUGACACCCGAGCAACACGAUAGACUGCCGGCACUGUACGAACUCGACGACUGGCACAGCUGUGACAUAGCACCGGAAAGGGAUUGGUAUUGCAUUGUGCGUGUAAUACUGACAGGCGAUGCAGUGACCGGUUCAAGUUCCCAUUUUGAAAUUAAUGAUCUUCAGCGAUUCCGAAGAACGCUUCUAGAUAGAGGACUUUGUUUGACAUCUUCACAAAGAGAUGCAUCUAAUGUUAAUGCCGCAUUAAGAAGCAACAGUUUUCCAACAGCGUGGAACAAAUUCGACCGAUAUGUGUUGAACCGCUCGUACUUUCCUCCUGCGAUGCAUCCGGAUGUGCGGACGGAGCUAGCCGCGAGUGAGGUGAUUAAUCGUCGAAUAGCGUCACAGUACGGUGGACUGUCGGCGUACACGGAGAUAGAAUACUGCUUGAAAAAUGAUCCAAAGCCGCAGUUUGAGCAAGCGAUAACUGUUGCCCUGGCAAUGACACUCGUGCUUGGCUGUGUUCUGCUACUCAACGCCCGUCGCUGGCUCGGGAAAGCGUUUGCACCUCAAACGGAGGCUAAAUCGAUCAAGCAGUUCGCAUUGUUCGAUGCGUACAAAUGUUUCGGCUCGGUUGGGGUAGUUAUUGCGCACUGCUGUCUUUUCGGCCCAUUUCUGAUGCCGAUGAGUAACAUUGAACGGUUGGAGGAAUCCAUAGCUCAUCCGAACGUGAAAGUGUGGCGGCUCCUUUGUCCCUUUCUGAUGCUGGCUUUCUUCACGAUGAGCUCCAUGCUGCUGACGGUGAAACUGUUGCACGCCAAUCCCACGGAUCGACCUACAUUCGGUGCGAUCAUUAUGAAUCGCUUGAUAAGACUGGUGCCGCUCAAUCUGCUGAUGGUCGCCUUCGCCACGUUCGUGUACGAUCGCUUUAUCGGUGGUGGGCCGCUCGGCGCGCGUCAGCUGAUCAUGGAGCAAGGUUUUUGCCGAUCGACCUGGUGGAUGAACGUGCUGUUCAUUUCUAACUUCAAUAUGCACAAACCGUGCCUGCCAGACUCGUGGUACGUCAGCUCGGAUUUGCAACUCUACAUACUAAUUACCCUCGCAAUAAAGGCAAUGUUCAGAAUACCAAAACACACCGCUCUGAUCGUUGCAUUCAUGGCUGCGAGUUCCUUCCUAGGGCCCUUCCUCACUGUACUCUGGACUGAUUUUGAUCCUGUAGGACCGGUUAAUCUGCACGAAAUGCGUUUCUUUUUGCUCGGGAGCGAUUUCAUGAGUAAGCUUUACACACCCUUCUACAACAACCUUGCCUGGAGCGUCUGUGGCAUGAUAGCCGGGAUCGUAUAUGAUCGAUUUCAACGAACUGAUCCUCAUUCCGGAACACAACAGAAGAUAUUGCAUCGCUUAAAUCUGGCCGUUAUAAUUUUACUGGUAAUGCUCGGAUUGUCCAUUUCUGCAACGAUCGCGGCAUCUAACGAUGAAUCCCAAAACAACCGUUUGUGGUUAGCGUUUUGCUAUUCCACAUACAAACUUUUAGGUGCAUCCCUCAUCGCUGCUCUUUUCUUGCGCAUUUUACUGAUAGAAAAAGAGAUCGCCAUCCCACCGAUCGCGAGAAUUGGUGCCACACUAUACUACUGCGUUUACUUCAUUCAUUUCCCGAUCAUGCGCAUCGUUUAUUGCAGUGACAUUGUUAAGGAGACAACAGUGACGACGUUGCUUUUGCUUCAAAAAGCAUUGAAAGUGUACGGAAUUACGUACGUACUGUCCGUGCUGCUGCACUACACGUAUGAAAAUUCAGCAAUCAAGCUGCUGCGACGCAUUUUCUUCGGACGAGUUUAA